AUGGAAGACGACGAGUUCGCCGAUGCCGCAGAGCGAAUGGAGGGCGUGGCUCUUAGGGGUAAAGGUAGAGGAGGACGGGAUCGACGCGGAGGCGGUGGAAGAGGAGGUGCAAAGGGCCAGGGCCGCGAGAUGUUGAUUUCCAAGGCGCUGUCGUCGCUGCUCCGACAUCAGGCUGAGAACGUGGGGAUUAAGCUUGAUGCUGAGGGGUAUGCGCCGCUGGAUAAAGUAAUCCAAUGGCCGCGCAUCCGCUCGCUCAACCCGUCUUUCGACGAGAUCCGCUCCUCGGUCGCGGACAACGCCAAGCAGCGCUUCGCCAUGAAGCCCAAGGACCCAUCUACGGAUCCGGAGAGCGCGCCGGCCGACCCGGCCGCGUGGCUGAUCCGCGCCAACCAGGGCCACAGCAUCGCGCUCGAGGCCGAGGCCAUCCAUACGCCCGUAACCCUGGAAGACGCUAACGUGCCGCCGAUCGUCGUCCACGGCACUUACUUCGCCUUCUGGCCCGCGAUCGUGGCGUCCGGGGGGCUGAAGCGCAUGGGCCGGCAGCACGUGCACUUCGGGACGGGGUUGCUGCCCGAGGACGGCGAGGCUGGCGGGGGUAUUAGCAGGGGAGUGGUCAGCGGCAUGCGGUCCGAUGCGGAGCUGCUUGUGUUUGCGGACGUGCAGAAGAGCCUGAGAGAGGACAGCGGGAUGAAGUGGUGGGUUAGCGCGAACGGGGUCGUGCUGACGGAUGGGAACGAGGAUGGUCUGGUGCCGCUGAAGUAUAUCAAGGAAGUUAGGGGGCGCAAGCAGGGUGUGGGCGUCUUGUGGCGCGAUGGCGAGAAGGUGGCGGAUUUGCCGCUGGAUGUUGUUGCGAGGGCGCCUGUGGGCAAGGGGAGAGGGGGUGGGGGCGCGGGCGCGGGCGCGGGAAGGGGUGGGAGAGGAGGACGGAGAGGUGGAAGGGGGGGAGGUCAGGGGGAGGUAAAGUGA